GCAAGACUCCAUGUCUGCCGACGACGACUCCAGCGGCUGGCAACUUACCGAAUCGGAUCCCGGAGUCUUCACAGAACUACUGAAGACACUGGGCGUGCCGCUGAUUGUCGAUGAUUUGUAUUCGUUGGACUCUGAGUCUCUUGCGGAACUUCAGCCUCUCCACGCCCUGAUCUUCCUGUUCAAAUGGGUCGCGGGCGAAUCGAGCGUGCCGUCCAGCGGAGGGCAGUACGACCCCGAGUUCCCCGGCUUCUUCGCGCACCAAGUCGUCAACAACGCGUGCGCGACGCUCGCUGUCAUGAACGCGAUCGGAAAUAUCCCCGGACUCACGAAGGGACCGCAACUCGCGGAACUUCUCGAAUUCACCACGGGGAUGGAUCCUCAGACCAGCGGCAUGGCUAUCACAAGUUCUGAUUGGCUGCGUGAAGCGCAUAAUGCGCUGUCACCACCUUCCGCUAUUUCUCUCGAGGGCCUGGAUCUCGCGAAGACCUCGGAGGACGCGUACCAUUUCAUCGUGUAUCAGCCUUACGCGGGUUCCGUAUACGAGAUGGACGGCCUCAAGGAGGCACCGGUGAAUCACGGUGCAUUCUCGGACAGUGGCGAGGGAUGGGUCGCAAAGGCUAGGGAUGUAAUCCAGGCCCGUAUAGCCACCUAUCCCGCUGGUGCUCUCGAAUUCAGUCUACUCGCGGUUCGCGAUGAUCCAGUGCCGCGCCUGCAAGAGCAGCUGGCCCAGCUUCAAGCGGCUGGACGUCAAUCUGAAGCGGCGGAGUUGGUCGUAAAGCUUGCGAACGAGAACUCGAAACGCGAACGAUGGGCGUUCGAGAACAGUCUGCGUAGGCACAACUACCUUGGCUUCAUCCAUGCUCUGCUCCUGAGCAUGGCGAAGGCGGGCAAGCUGGAAGGCGCGAAGGAGGGCGCGAAGAGGGCGCUCCAGGAGCGAAUAGAGAGGAAAAAGAAGGGCGAGUCCCUCAUGGACGAGGAUUGACCUUCUUUAUGCUGUGCCUUCUUGUUACUGCCACCGCUAUCGAUCUUCCUGCCGUUUAUUUCCA